ACAGCCCAAGGACCUGGCAUUGGCCAGGCAUUUGAGACAAUUGCCAUUUUAAACGUGAAAGGCAUGUCCCAUCUUUGUGAACAUCUUUUCCGGCCGAGCAUUUUGCAUGAAACGCUUGUCAUAGUUACGUUCCACCAUCUAAAGUUGAGUGAAGCAUCAGUUGAACCCUCUCGAUAAAGGUUUUUCUGGUGACGCAAGCAUGCUACCAAAGGUUCCAAUCGCCAUCAUACCGCUAGCUGGAUAUCAAAGUUCAAACUUGUUCGUCAUGUUCCAGGGAACGACCAUUAUCAAGAUGAAACAGAAAUGUGACGAACAGUCGAACACAGCGUCAAGUUCCAAGGCCGACUGAAUGUCAUUAAUGACCAGAAAAGUAUACAAUUCUCAAUGGUGGCUAGAAGAAAUAGGAUAUAUCCAAUCCUCUUGCUGAUCAUCCUCAUCGUCGCAAUCAGCGGAGCCUAUUCCCAACAAUCCGGUCGCAACAAAAACGGUCGAGAGGCUUGCUCCAGAGUUGUGCUGAAAAAUGGCAAAACCAAGUUGCGUUCCGGUGGCCGCGUCGUGAAAUUCAACUGCAAUAGGGAGUACGUGCUGGUCGGUGAAAGUACGUCGACAUGUCUGCUUGGCGAGUGGACAUCGGAACCUCCUGUCUGUGCUACUAAAGGUUGCCCGAGCAUUCCGCCACCUCCAUCAGGUCGUUUCAUCGCCAGCAACGGCGGUGCCGUUAUGAGGCUGGAAUGCAAUCCAGGGUACAGGCCAUCCCAUUCGCCCAUGAUCUACUGCGUCGACAGAUUCGAUUGGAAUGGAACAGCUCCCAUUUGCCAAGCCAGCGGAGUGCAGCAGUCGGCGACGCGGUGCGACUUUGAGAGUGACGACCUUUGCGGAUGGGUGCAGGACACGAGAACGGACGAGUUUGACUGGACGUGGCAAAACUACGGAACGCCGUCGCUUCACCUAGGAACCGGCCCGUCUUUCGAUCACACCCUAGGACAAGGAAAAGCUGGUCAUUAUCUAUUCAUCGAGUCUUCCAGUCCGCGUAUAUUAAAUGACACGGCUCGUCUCUUCUCGCCCGUUUACGGAGCCCCUGAAUCGUCAACCAUCGCCGACGAAGGAGUUUGUUUCACAUUCUGGUUCCACAUGUACGGCAGCACAACUGGUCAGUUGAAUGUGUACGUUAAACCAGAGAGCAAGAAAAUGACGGAACUGAGACCAGCUUUUGUCCGGUCUGGAGAUCAAGGUGAUCAAUGGAAACAAGGAUACAUUUCGCUGGACAGAGUCACGGAAAACUUCCAGGUGGUCAUUGAAGGAGUUCGUGGAAAUGGGUACGUCGGCGAUUCGGCCAUUGACGACGUCCAGUUGGCCAAAGGUGAAGAAUGCUUGGCUGCCCUUAAGCGCAUGAUGGCCGACACUGUCGUACCAGGAGGAUCGACCGUUCAACCAUCCAGUACGGUAUCACCCAACGCUUCGUGCGCUUCUCGAUGUUCCACGACGACGACGGAUCAACAGCCGGAAAAUUCCAAUACAACGUCGUGGAUUUGCGGCUGCAGCGACGAUUGCCUUUUAAAAAAUUCGUGCUGCUUCGACUACGCUGCCUUUUGUUUGACAGGUCGGACUGAAACGUCGACAGCAAAGGCAACGACCGAUAAGGACGGACGGCAAUCGACUGUCACUACAACGGCCAGUCUAUGGCAGACGACGACGACGACGCAACCAGCAAUUACGUCAUCGACCACUACGACCGCAGCGGCUGCCACUACUGUCUCUACGAGCACAUUCCGUCCGCCAACUUCUGCAGCGUCGACAAGGACGACGAGCAGCGUGACUCCAUCGACGACGAUUGCGACCAGCACAAGCGCAUUGACCACAACGACCGUUGCGCCGACGACUGAUUCCUCUACGGUGACGAUGAGCACGAGUUUAGAGCCGAGUUCGACCACGAGCCAAAGACCUACAACAACAACGAUAAGGUCCUCUACGACAUUGACGUCGACUAUUCCCACGGUAACGAGGACGACAGUGGAGCCGUCCACCACGACGGCCAUCAAACAGACGACUAGUAAUCCCACGACGCCAACGACGACCAUCUCGGCCGCUACUUUGCGGCCGACGAUUGUUCCCACCACGACGACCGCGUCCACUUGGACAGUGACGCCGUCGUCUAGGCCCGACGACAACGACGACAUCGGCAACAACGACGACGACGAUGAGUCUAUUAGUCACUGAUGAUCCUCCCCAAGACGGACUGCAGGGCGAUGACGACCAAUCAGGCAUCGCGGCAGAUGAUCCGUCGCCCAGCACCAUCAACCAAACAUCGUGGCCGACUUGGUUCACUGGCGCUGUUGCGGCCGCAGCCGUUGGCCUGGCCGUCCUGUUGA